GUAACUACUGUUUGAUUGAUGUUUACCAUGUGGACACUUCAAGCAUGAGCUGGGCAGCCAAUGAAUGGAAGGCAGAUUUGCCUCACAAGGCACUUCUUAAGGUUGAGGAGUUAGAAAAUCAAUUAGAAAGACUUAAGAAGGAACGUCAACAAAGGCAGUUUCAGCUUGACAGCUUGGAACAGGCACUUGAAAAACAAAAGCGCAAAGCAGAAGAGGAGAAGUCUUUGUGUGGUUCUCUGAAACGUGAAAACCAGAGCUUGGCAGAGACUUGUGAAGAACUUGAGAAAAAGCGUGAGAAGUUGCAACAUGAAUUGCAGAACAAGGACACUCACAUUUCCUGUUUGGAAGGACAGUUAGCCCAUGCAAAGCAGUCUUUAGAACAAGAAACAAACAAGGCCGGUCAGCUGAAAACAGAACUGGAAAAGGCACAGGCUGAGCACUUGGAAGCCGUGAAAAAACUUGAGAAAUUAACAGGGGAUUACAACAGGCUGCAGGAGAAUGGCACUCACCAAUCCAGGCAAAUUGAAGGACAGAGCGAGAAGAUCAAGUGUCUGCAGCAAGAAGUGAAACAAUUGCAAGGAAAUUUAGAUAGAAAGGGACAUGAACAGAAGUCAAGACAGCCUUCUGGAACACCAGGUACCCAGGAUGAAACCAGUGAGCUGAAAAGAAAACUAAGUGAAGUUGAGAGCCUAAGAGCCAAGGAGUUGGAGGAACACAACAAAAUGGUUGAAGAAUUCAAAGUUCUACAAGAUAAGGUUCAGAAAGAUUCAGAUGAGCUGCAGAAGGUAAGAAGUGAAAAGGAUCUCCUCAGUGUGCGUGUAGAGAAUCAGCAGGAGGCAAGCAAGAAUGCUACUAGGCAGAUGGAGUCCAUGUUGAAAGAGCAGACUGGUAUUAGUGAUGUGCAGCUGGAUAAGAUGGAGAAAAUGAUCGAUCGCUUGAAGAAAGAAAAUGAAGCUGUGAAGACUGGAAAUGCCAAUCUGGAGAUGCAGAUCCAGGCGAAGGCCAAGGAGAUUUCCAGUCUUAAUGGCAAGAUGAGAGAGUUGCAGUCCGAACAGGAUGCCAGCCUGACGGCACUGAUGGAGAAGGAGAAAAUGGUGGCGCAGUGCAAAGAUGAAAUGGCCAAACUGAAGAUUCAGCUUGAUGAGGCUAAUCACAAGGUGACCCUGCUUGAUCAAAAAAAUAAGCAACUCACAGAAUCAGUGAAGAAGAUGGAUGGCACUAAAGAGGAGAAGGAGUCCCUGAACAAGCAACUCUCAGAAUCUCAGUCAAAAGUUGGCAGCUUGGAAAAAGAACUGAAACAGCUGAAAGAGAAGCUUCAAAAUUCUGAUACUGUAAACAGUGACUUGAGGGCCAAAAUGAUGGAGAAGGACUUAGACGCUGAAGCCUUGAAGGCUAAGCUGGAAAAAAUGACAGGUGAACUUAGCACCAACUCAGAAAACCUUAAGUCUGCUCAUGAAAAGGAGAUGGGCACUCUCAAAGCUCAGAUCCAGGAAUUGGAGAGAAAAGUACAGGAGGCUGGAAGGGAAAAGGAAUCUGUAAGAGAGCAAAUGGAAAAAAGAAUAGAUGAAUUAAAAGACCAGAUCCAGUCUAUGGAGAAAAAGGUGUCUGAAACUGAAGAACAGAUCAAACUUCAAGAUCAAAAGUCAAAGGACUUGAUAGAAGAAAUGAAGCAGAAAGUGUCCAGCAUGGAAGGGGAAAGAGAUGAAGCCAAGUGCAAAAUGAAUGAAACCAUAUUUGACCUUGAAAAUAAGAAUGAAGAGAUCCAGGCCAUGAUGUCUCAGCUUGAGGGGUUGAAAUCCCAGAAGGCACAUGCACAGCAGCAGUAUGACAAUCAAGCUAAAGAAUUGACAGAGUUAAAACAGCAGUACACAGUAGUUUUGGAGGAAAAGGACGAGUCGGGAGUGGUCAUUGGAAAGCUUGAAGAUCAAGUGAAGAAUCUUUCAGAACAAUUGAAGAGUCUGCAACACAAAGCUGAUAAUGAGGGUCAUGACUUAAAACUAAAAUUAGCAGAGUUGGAGAACCAUAAAACACAACUGCAAAGAGAGUUUGAGGAAAUAACAUCUGAAGUGGAAAAGAAGUCCCAGCAACUGAAGAUUACAGUGGAACAACUCACUGAGAUGAGUUCAAAAUAUGAUCAAGCUGAAAUGAUGUGCAGCACUCUUAAGGCCACAAGUGCAGAGUUGAAGAGAGAAAUGGAUCACGUGGGCAGUGAAAGGGACUGCAUGGCUGAGGAGAAGGCUGCGCUUGAAGAGAAAGAGCAGCACCAUAAAAAGUCUCACGAGGAAAUGCUCGUGGAACGCCAGAACCUGUGCAGUCAGGUGCAGGAGCUGAAGGCUCAUCUUUCAGAUGCCAAAUCUGAGCUCCACGAGACCAAGAAGUCUCUGCAGCAGGCAGAGGCCACGGUGACAAGAGUCGAAGAAGAGAGAGAUAAUGUUGCUGCUGUUAAGACCAAGAUGGACAGUGACCUGACCAAUCUACAGAACAAGAUCCAGACCUUGGAGACAGAGUUGGCCAAUAGCUCUGGCAAGGUUGAUGAUUUUGAGAGGCAGUUGGCCGAAAAGACUACUGCAUUAGAAAAUGCCCAGUUUGAGUAUGAUAGUUUUGCUAAAGAUUCAUCUAACAAGUUGGAACAGCUACAGAAAAUGUGCAACGACCUGCAAGAGGAGAACAAGAAAGUCAAGCAGCAGGUUGCAGACUUUGAAGAGUCUCAUGGAAUGCUGAAAUGUGAGAAGGAGGACCUACUGUCUCAGCUGACAACAGCAAAGGAAAGUCUUGUUUCCUUGGAGGAAAAAUCUCAGAGCAUGUCCUCAGACCUCAGGUUGAAAGUUCAGCAGUUGGAAGAACAGAAGUUGGUUCUGCAGAAGGAAGUGGAUGAAGCUACAUCUGUACUUGAAAAGAAGUGUGAAGAAGUAGAAACACUCACUCAGCAGUUGAAGGCCUUGACUGAGAGUCGCGCCCAGCUACAGCAACAAUGUAGCAGCUUAGCAGAAGAAAAAAAAUCUAUCAAGGAACAGAUGGACCUUAACUCACAGCAGGUAGAACAGCUUGGAAUUGAAAAAGCCACCCUGACUGAACAGGUAGCGCAGUUGAAUAUUACAUUGUCAUCACAGGAAACAAAGGCCUCAACAGCCAUUACUGAAUUGAAUGCCAAGAUCCAUGCAGUUGAAGCAGAAAAGGCUAGCAUAGUUAAAGAGCUUGAAGAGGCACGUUUCUCUUUGGAGAACAAAGAUGAGGAUUUGGAAUCUCUCAACGAGCAAGUUAAAAUUCUGGGAGAGAAUGAGGCUUCAUUGAAGCAGAAUGUAGAGGCCCUGAAAGCUGAGAGUGGUUUAUUGAAACAGGUCAUUGAAUCAUUGCAGCAGGAGAAAGAGAAGUUGGGAAAAAACCUGGCUGAAAAAGCAACUGAAUGUGAGGAAAUCCGCCAAGCCAGCUGUGAUCUUCGGGUAGAGAAAGACAAUUUACUUAGUAGGAUUGGAGAUUCAGAGAGUCAGCUAACCCAAAACAGGCACAUGCAUGAUGAAAUUUUGAAAGAAUUACAUGCUUCCAAGGUCAAAGUAGAAGAGCUUACAGGAACUGUUGAUGACCUCACAACAGCCAAGUGUAAACUAGAGAGUUUUAUCAGUGACCUGACAAAUAAAAUGGAUGCACAGCAGUCGAUGGUUUCAGAAAAGAAUGCCGAAUUGGGUGCUUUGCAGACAAAAUUGGAUCAACAAGAGCAGAGACUUAUUGAACUGAAUGAAGAACUUGGGAAGAAGGCCAAGGAGCAUGAUCUGCAGGCUCACACAGUGGAACAGCAGAAAGAAAAUGCUCAGGCACAGAUCAGAGCUCUGGAAAAUGAAAGGACUGAUCUAACUGCUCAGAUCCAACAGCUAGGUCUUGACAAACAAAGCCUUGAUGAAGAAAUGCAAUCAGUUAAAAGUCAGCUCAGCUCCUUGGAGGAGAAAUCAAGGAAUGCAAUUUCGGAGUUGCAAUCACAACUUAAGUUUGUUGAAAAGGAGAAACAAAACUUACAGAAUCAAUUGGAAGAAUCUGCUUUUGCACUGGAGAACAAGGAUGAAGACUUGGAGAGUCUUACUGACCAAGUCAGAGACUUAACAGAAAAGAACCAGCAACUCCAGCAGACACAGGAACAAUCUGCAAAGGAAAGUGAUUCACUGAAACAGACCAGCAAGGAUUUUGAGCAAGAGCUGUUGCGUUUGAAAGGGGAAAAGGAACUUGCAGAUGAAGAUAUAAAGUCCUUACAAGAAACCAGCAGGGUGAAUGAAGAAAAGUUUGAAUCUCUCAUGAAAGAAAUGCAAGAGAGGCUGUCUCAUGCUGAGAAAGAAAAACAGCAGUUGAAGACAAAACAAGAUGAGACUGCCUUCAUGUUAGAAAACAGUAAAGAAGAUUUUGAGUCUGUGAGCCAACAGUUGCAAGAGGCAAUGACUAAACAGGAUCACUUGUCACAGAGUUUGGAGGCAAACAAGGCUGCCAUGGAGAGGGCAAACCUUCAGCUGGAGGACUUAAAACAAGAAAAGGAGAAGCUUGCCACAGAGUACAGCAAUUUGCAGAACAGUUUUGAUCUCUUGAAAACCCAGCUGCAGGAAAGCGAGAAUAAGGCAGCUGCUCUUGAUGCCGAGUUGAAAGCUAAGAUUGCCAGCUUUACUGAAGAGAAAGCUGCUCUCCAAUCUAAAAUAGACGAGGCUGCCUUCCAGCUGGAAAAUAACUCUGAAGACCUGGAAUCAUACAGUGAACAACUCAAAGAUCUGUCAGAGAAAAAUGACAAGUUGCAAAAUAAUUGUGAAAGCCUCAGGACCCAUGUGUCCGAACUUCAGGAUAAAAUUAAUGGGCUAAAUGAGGAAAAAGAAGCAGCACUGAAACAGGCAGAAGCAAGCACUGAAUCGGAAGCAGUGAUGAACCAGCAACUGGCACAGUUGAAGCAUGAUCAACAAGUUCUAGAGCAGCACAACCUAGAUAUGAAGGACCAGCUUGACAAGUCUCAGUCACAGAACGAGAAUUUGAAGUCACAGUUGAAUGACAGCCAGGCAGAUUUGACGGCUGUGACAGAAGAAAAAGAAUCACUGCAAGAGCAAUUGACACGGCAGAGAAAUGAUCUCGAUGCUGCACACAUGAAGGCUGAAAAGCUUCAGUCUUUAUUGAAUGAACGUGAUAAUCAGCUCUGUGACAUGGAAGUUGUAGUGAAGGAGCUUGAAUCAAAAGUAACUGACCUCACAACACAAAUAGAUAACUCAGCAGAGGUAAUGUCAAGCAGCCAGAAAUCCUACCUUGAAACUCUACAAGAAAAGGACAAAUUGAUUCAAACAGCCCAGGAAAGAAUUGAAAAUGUGCUGCAGGAGUUGGACAGUAAAGAACUAGAAAUGGAAGAAGGGAAGAGAACCCAUGAGGAAAGGGAGAAAGAAUUACAGGACUCGUUGAAUCAGGCACAGGCCAGACAUAAGGAGCUUGAGGGUCAGAAGGCAGUAAUCCAAUUAGACUUGGAGCAGACUCGUCAGACUCUGGUAGAAUUACAGCAGCAAACAAACACCUUGGAAGAUGCUGUGGCUGCUUGGGAAUCUAGGUAUAAUACCCUACUCGAAGAGCAGUCGAAUGCUGCCAGUGCCCAAGAAGAAGUUGUCCUCAAGUUCAGCAAGGAAAUUGCAGGACUGAAUGAUGCUGUAACAGAUCUCAAUCAGACAGUGCAGUCGCUGAGUGAAAAGAACUCAGACCAAGAAAAGCAGUUGGUUGAUGCCCAGGAAGCCUUGGUCAAAAUGGAAAAAGAUAUGACAGAUAAGACGGCCCUCCAUGCUGCUGAAAUUAAGAAUAUGGAGCAAAAUACUAAUGAGCUGGAAGAAAAGUUGUCACAGGAGAGGGAACAAGCAGACCAGUUGCAGACUCAGUUGCAGCAAUUACAGGCAGAGAUGGAAAGUGAGAUGUCACAGUUGAGAGUCAAAGUAGAACUAGAAACCCAGAAGACCAAAGACAUGGAGACCAGACACCAGGAAAGUGCAGAAGUUGCUGAAAACAAACUUUCAGGUGUCAGGAGUGAACACGAGUUUGCACAGGGUGUUUUACAAGAUGAAAUUCAGCAGUUGCAAAAACAGAAUGAAGAAAUGCAGGCAAAGGUGCAUCAUUUACAAGACCUGAGCAACCAGACUGACAUAAAGAGGUCGGAGGAACUGGCUAGAAUGCAAAAUGAGCUCUCCCAACUACAGAACAUAAAUGAUGAGAAAACUUCAUCCUUGUUGACACUUGAGCAGAAAUUAUCCGAGGCAAGCGAGAAGGUUAGACUAACUGAAGAAAGUAUGGCAUGGCUUCAGCAAAGUUAUGAGGAAUUGCAGCAAGAUGUAAAUUUGAAGGACAAUGAUUACAAACAAAAGGUUCAGAAACUGCAAGCAAGCAUUGAAGAAAAGGAAGCAGAAAUUGAAAGUGCAGCUAAAAACUUACAAAGUCAGAGGAAAAAUUUUAUGCAAGAUCAAGAAAAGUUUGAAAUUGAGAAAUCUAGACUGGAAGGUUUAGUCCAGGAACAUGUGACUGAAAUUGAAAGUCUUAAGCAAAGGCUAAGUCAAAGUGAACAGCACACUGAUAACGAAGUCUCCCUUGCCAUGUCCCAACUACAGGCUGAGAAACAGUCUGUGCUAGACCUGACCACUAAACUAGAAACGGAGGCACAGCUUCACAAAAAUGCCAUAGCUGAGUUGAAGUCUGAGCACGAAUUUUACCACACAACAUCACAGGAACAGAUAGCAAAACUUCAGAAUGAAAGGGAUGAGCUGAAUGCUAAGCUUUCUGGACUCCUCGACAUGGCUAACCAGAAAUCAGCUGACCAGUCGACCACUGAGGCCAAAAUGCAGGCAGAGGUGGAUGGUUUGACCAAUCGGUGUCAAGCCAAAGAAGAUCAAAUAUCACAACUGGAGAAGCAGUUGGAGGAAAGACAGUUGAAGUUGGACAGUGCCACAAAACGGAUAGAACAACUACAGGAGCAGCAGAGGGAUUCACUUGACAGCAUGCACAAGGCAGAAAAGGAGUUUACAGAUGUCAGGCAAGACUUAGAAGUCCAGAUUAAAAAGCUGAAGUCAGAAGUUUCAAGUCUGAAUGAAAAACUGAAAGAAACAACUACCAGCAGGGACAGUUUUGAAAAGGAAAGUAAAUUGCUUCAGGAUCAAGUAGAGGAAUUGCACAUCCAGUUGAAAAAUAGCCACCAAGAUGUUGGCAGUAAUCAGCAAGAGAUUUCACAAAUGGAGUCCAACUUGGAUCAGUUAAAGGCAGAGAAAGAACAGUUAAUGGAUAAGAUAAGUUGCCUGAAUGGUGAGAUAUCCAACUUGAAGAGUGAUAAUGCUGAACUUGCAGUAAAACUGAACACUAGCAGUGCUGAGGUCGAAACAGCUUUGAGUACGAAUACAUCUUUACAGGAGAGAGUGGCCCAGCUUGAGGUCGAUCUUCACGGUGCUUCUGACAAAGCCCAGACUUUGCAGCGAGAAAAGAGAGACCUAGAGGAGCAGCUGCAUUCUGUCCAUUGUCAAGGCCAGGUGGAUACAGAUGCUGAAAAGGCCAAGAAUGAUGAAUUAGUUCAACAGCUAGCCAAACUGGAAACUACAAAGGAGGCUUUAGAAAAUAAGACAGCAGAUUUGAUGUCAGAGAUAUCCGUGCUGAAGGGGACUGUAGCAGAACUGGAGCAUCAACUUAACUGUGGACAUGAUGAUUUGGCAGCCACACAGUCUCAUUCUGAAGAGCUGUUUGAAAAGUAUGAGGCUCUUCAGAUGCAGUUAAGUGAGGCACAAGAAAGAAUUAAUAGUGCAGAGUUAGAAAAGACUGAUUUAGAAAGCCAGUUAAGCAGCCUCAGGUAUGAAUCUGAACAAUCUUUGGAUGUGAUGGCUAGAGAGAAGGCUGUAUUGCAAGAAGAGAUCCAGAAAAUUGCUCAAGAGAAAGAGGAAAUCUCGGAACAAGUCGCCAAAAUGACAGUGGAAAUUGAUAAAUUGAGGGCAGCAGAAGCAAGCACACAGCAAGAGCUGAAAACUCAGCUAGCAGAAGAAGCUUCUGCACAGAGAGACACCAUUUUAGAACUUGAAGCAGAUAAAGCAGAGUUGAAAGAGAAACUGAAAACUUUGGAGUCUGAAAUUUCAACACUUCAGAAACAGCUAACUAGUUCGAGCACAGAGAUUGCAGAGCUGAAAGAAGACAAAGAAUUGUUAUUUGACCAGUAUCAGAAUGAAGCCAGUGCCUUAGAAGAAGCACAAGCAGAAAAACAAGAACUAAUUGAGAAACUCAGGAUUGCCGAAAUGCAAAAAAAUUCUGUUGAAAAGCAAAUUGAAGAAAUGAGUGCAAAAUUUGGCACUAGUUUUGAGGAGAAGGAAGCACUUGUGGUCCAAAUCAAUUCUUUGAAAACAGAAAAGAAUACACUGGAGAGUGAACUAGAAAAUUUCAAAACUGAACUGAAGGGUUUCCGUUCUGGAUGUGAAGAAUUGCAGAAGCAAAUCAAAGCAUUGGAAUCAGGGAAGAAAAAUCAGGCUGCUAAAGUAUCAGAGCUACAGAAAUUGUUAGAAUCCAAACAACAGGAGCUUCAAGAGGCUUUAGACCAAGCCAAGAACCAGCACACCAUCACUGACGAUCUCAACCAGCAAUUAGAAAAGUUAUCAUCUGAAAGAGACAACCUGGAGAGGGACAUUCAGAAGUUACAAGAAAAUACAGACUCAAAUGAAAUGCUUAUAUCUGCCCUGCAGUCAGAAAAGCUGAACCUUGAGCAGGAAAUGAAAGAAAAAGAUUCAGAAAUUAAAACCUUGACUGUCCAGAUUUCCACCUUACAGGAGGAAGUCCAAAGACUUGAGAAGCAAACAGAAAACCUUAGUGAGCAAACUGAUGGCAGAACUGCAAAACUCGAGACCGAAAAGCUGGAACUGAAUGAACAGCUGGAUGCUGUGAUCAUGAAGCAAACUGAAAUGGAGGAAAAAUACGAGGUACUCCAAGAGGAAUCCAAAUCCAUUGAGCUGCAGCGCCAGGAAUUGAAGCAGAAAGUGGAAGAAUUGGAGGAAGAGGUCAACACCCUACAGAUAGAGAAGUCUACCCUUGAAGAUCAGAUCCGGGAUUAUAAGACCGAGCAUUCCAAACUCGCCCAGAGCAGGGAAAUGCUGCAGGCUCAGGUUAAAACUCAGGAAAAUGAAAAGCAUGUACUUCUGAACCAGUUCCUUGGUUUAGAAAAUGCCAAAGCAAGUCUAGAAGAGAAGAAUGCAAGGCUUGAGGAAGAGUUGGAUCAAGUUAAUCUGGACAUGAAACAGGUGAAAGAGAAGAUGGAGAGUGUCCAAAGGGAUCACGAUGCAUUUCAGAGUCAGAACGUUGGGCUUGAAGAGACACGGUCAGAUCUGGAGUCCCAGUUGGGCGCCCUGCUCACUGAGAAGCAGAACCUGGAAGAAGAAGUGCUUCAGCUGAAGGAGGACCUCCAGAAGUCUGAGUGCAAGCACAAGGAGAAACUGGAUGGCCUGAACAGUGAGCUGAGUGAAAAGGUAUCCCAACUGGAUGAAGCCCACAAUCAGGUUGAAAAUUAUAAGCUGCUGUUGGAGACCCUUGAGGCAGAGAAGAAUGAUGUUGUAAAAGACAAAAAGCUUGCUGAGUGUGAACUGGAGAGGAUACAAUGCCAGUACAACAGAGAAACCAAAGAACUUGAAGAAAAAAUUCAGUCACUAGAGAGUGAACAGGAAAAGCAGCUAGAUGCACUCAAAACAAAGGUAAAAAGAAUGGAUGUUUCCGAUCUGCAGAAGGCAUUGGCUGCAAUUAGAGAGGAGAGAGAUGGUUUCCAGGGCAAGGUCCAACUUCUUAUGCAGAAUCUUAAAGCCAAGGAAAAGGAAAAAGAGGCGCUUGAAAAAUAUCUGCAGAAUAUUGAAGACGGUGAAAGCAAUAAUGUUAGAAAGGACUCCAAUGUUAAAAGUAGUGAAGAAUAUGAGGCCGAGAUAAGUAGUCUGCAACAGAGACUGAAGGAUGUUUGUGAAACUGAAGACAAAUACAUCAACCUCAUCAAAGAGUUCAAGCAGUGCAAAAGUGAGAAAGAGUCUCUGCAGUCCAAAGUUAGACUUAUAGCUCUUAAACAUAAAAAAGAUAUAGAGAAGUUGAAAGCCUCUGCUGGUGAAGCUAAAUCCACUGUUACAGAAACAGUGCCUGCUGGGGACCAAAAUGAUAAAGUUGACAUUACACCAGCAACCGUUAUAGCACCAAGCAAACCUACGCCUGAAUCAGUAAAUGAUACUUCCAAAGUUCCCCCAGUAGCAGUAACAUCUCCUGAAACUGUUGGUAGAAGAACAAGACUAUCAUUAAAAAGGAAAAGCCAAACAAGUUUAGACAGUGUUCAAGAUACCAGUACAGGGGGAAAUAAGCGUCCUGCUGAGGAUGUCUUGGCUAAUAGAGACAAACGUGCUAAGUGUAAUGACAAAGUGACUGUUGAUGCAGAUGGGGAAUCAUCAGAAGCAGCAGUUGAAGGACUCCCGGAUGUUGUUCAGAAAGGCUUUGCAAACAUUCCAGAGGCCUCUGAGAGUCCCUUUGUCUUGCGUCGCACAACGCUGGCAACCACUUGUAAAUCCUCGGAUGCCUUUUCUGAUAGUGCUCCAGACUCCAUUUUACCUAGCAGACCCCACACAAGAAGUCAUUCUUCGCAGAACAGCCAGUCUUCUCAGGGCAGUGAUAGUGUUAAAGUGUCUCAUGAAGAUAGCAAUCUUGCUGCUGGAAACACAGCCACUACUAGUACAACAAAUACUACCAGGAGCAUUCCAGUAUUGUCCAAAACCAGGUCAAUGCAAUCACAGCAAAGCAAAAGUAAACUGAGACAGCCAUCUGGCAUUCCAAAGAUGGACUCCAAGCCCCUGGCCACCAUUACGAACAGUCCCAAGAAACCAGCUCUCAGUGAGGAAGCCAGUAAGCGCAGCAGGUUAAUUGGGGCUCCUCAGAGGUGCUUGAGCCUCAAAAAGUCUCCUGAGGAAAAAUCUAAAAGGAGGACUAGAACUCAGAAUGCUGUCAGAAGAGGAAAGGAGACAGAAACAGCAGCAGGCAGCUCAGAGGCAGAGAACUGCAAACUUCAGUAGAUGUGUCUUUUUUUAUUUCAGUACACGUGACUGAGACAUUCAUUUUACAUCAUUGUAAAUACCAUAUGUUUGUACAGUUAAUCAAACAUUUGCCUUUGAUUCUUGGAGACAACCCUCGUUUCCGUCGCAAAGAUUUUAGAAUAAGUGAUAAGUGAAUGCUGUGCUCUUUAGAAUAGGCACUCUUCAUAUAGUGAAGCAUUGUUGACAUUGGUAUCUCAAAUUCUCAUGUACCUUGUUUUCGUUGUACCAUUAGAACUCUUUUUUAUGUAUGUGUACUAGAUGUUAAUUGCAAAAAUAGCAGCAUAUUAUGAAUGAUUGUGAAAUGAUGUGAAAUACAAGUAUUGUAUGUUCUGUUUAAUUUUUGAGAUGUGGUGUAUUGUGCAUGUGUACCACACAGACACUGCAGUAAUACUAUGUAAUUUCCAACCUGUUUUAUUAAAUUCUU